UACUGCGCCUUGCAGAACGAAUCUUUUGGAUGAGUGCCUGCCUGGUCAUUGAGAUACAAGCUGCAUGCAUCACUGCAUAACGCGAAGCAAAUACAGACAUUCAAGAUUUGACAUUGAAACAUUUUAAGUUUGGAUAUUUAAUUGAGGUUCAUGUUCAGAAAUCUUCGACGGACUGGUUGUCACCAGAGAGCACCAAAAGGAUGGGAUAUGGAAACAAAACCCUGAAAGAAUGCACGGUCUUGCUUUGCGUCGCCACCAUCCUGCUUUUAGCGGAAAGCAGAAGAGUGAAGCAACCUAGAUGCCCCGCAUCUUGUACGUGCUCCAAAGAUAAUGCCAUGUGUGAAAAUAUAAGAUCGGUCCCUCACAGCUUUCCACCUGAUGUCCUUUCCUUAUCUUUUCUCAAAUCAGGAUUCACCCAAAUCACUGGAGGAAGCUUCUUACACUCUCCAGCGCUACAUCUUCUCCUAUUCACUGCCAACACAUUUGACUCAAUUGAUGAGGAUGCAUUCCUAGGUCUACCGCAUCUGGAGUACCUGUUUAUCGAAAACAACAAAAUUGCAACAAUAUCACAAUAUGCAUUCCGGGGCCUAAAAGCAGUUAUACACCUGAGCCUGGCCUAUAAUAACCUGGGUACAUUACCCAAAGAUGUUUUCAAGGGCAUGGAUGCUUUGGUGAAAGUGGAUCUGAAAGGGAACAACCUGGAAUGUGACUGCAAACUAAAGUGGCUGGUGGAGUGGAUGCGCACCACCAAUGCGAUGGUUGAUCAGAUCCUCUGCAGUGGGCCCACGCUUUUUCAAGGGAAACUGAUCAAUGACCUUGUGCCCGGGUCUUUUGACUGCAUGACUGCAGAGUUUGCCUCUUAUCAGCCACUGAUGUUUGAGUCCAUUUCAGUGGAGUCCUUUACCUUUGGUAUGGAUACGUUUGUUGUGUUUGCUCAGCCCUUUACUGGAACGUGCAGCUUCCUGGAAUGGGAUCACGUUGAAACUGUUUUCAGAGCCUAUGACAGCAUUCAAAGUACAUCCACUGUGGUAUGCAAACCCAUGGUGAUUGAUAAUCAGCUGUUCAUCUUCGUAGCCCAGCUCUUUGGUGGCUCUCACAUUUACAAGCGGGACAUUUCAGCCAACAAAUUCAUCAAAAUCCAGGAUAUUGACAUCCUAAAAAUCAGGAAACCUAAUGACAUUGAGACUUUCCUCAUAGACGGUGAGUCCUUCUUCGUGAUCGCCGACAGCUCCAAGGCCGGUUCUACCACAGUGUACAAGUGGAACGGCUAUGGGUUCUACUCUCAUCAGUCCCUCCAUCUCUGGUACCGUGACACAGACGUGGAGUACCUGGAGAUCUCUGGAAAGCCCCAUCUGAUCCUAGCCAGCAGUUCCCAGAGGCCUGUCAUCUACCAGUGGAGCAAGAGUCUGAAGCAGUUCGACAGGCGCACUGAUAUCCCCGAAAUGGAGGACGUGUAUGCGGUCAAGCACUUCAAGGUGAAGAGUGAUCUUUUCAUCUGCCUGACGCGUUUUAUUGGGGACUCCAAGGUGAUGAGGUGGGACGGUGCCAUGUUCAAAGAGGUACAGACAAUGCCUUCGCGGGGCUCCAUGGUCUUCCAGCCAGUCUCCAUCGGCAACUGGCAGUACGCCAUCCUCGGCAGCGACUACUCCCUGACGCAGGUCUAUCAGUGGGAUUUGAAGAGGGGUGAAUUUGUUCACUUCCAGGACCUGAACAUCCAGGCACCAAGGGCAUUCUCUGUGGUGUCCAUUGACAACAGAGAGUUUCUGCUGGCCUCCAGCUUUAGAGGGAAAACUCAGAUAUACGAGCACAUAAUGAUUGACCUGAGUAAUAAUUAAUGAAAACAAUUAAGGAGUGUGUAGUUGAUAAAUGCAGUAUCACUGAACACUGGAGGGGAUGACUAUACUGUAGGGCUAUAUGCAUGAUAUAGUCCACUAAUAAGAAUUCCUGAUGAAUGCCUUGCUAGAAACAUCUACUGUAUCCCUUUCUUUCACAGCACUCUCCUCUUUUCUUCCUCGUAGACAAAGCAAUUAUUGACUGACUGCAACUAAGCCCCACACUACGACAAUAGCUGUGCUUUAGGUAAAGAAAAUAACGAGAAUACAUUCAAAUGUAACUCAAAUGUUAAAUUGAACAUUUAAUUGAUGAACAAUUUGCCAAAUAAAAUGUUUACGUUUUUAUAAUGAGCCAAUUAAUUUAUACGAUACCGCAUUUUGUAUGUAGAGGGGACCACUCCAAUCAUGUUAUAUCUUUCAUAUGGAGCCUGUUUUAGAUUUUGAAAUGACAUUUUGAAUUUAACCUAAUGUAGGCCAAGAUAUAUAACUGCAAUACUACAAAAAACAUGUGUAUUCUAAUCUGUAGUAAAAGUGUCUUUUGUUUUUAAUUUAGCUGUAUUUUAUGUAUAGUAGGCUAGUAAUAAACACAUUUCAUAAAACCAUAAA